CGAUUUAUUGCUUCAGUUUUCUUUCGAGGUUCAUCUCGUAUGGUUUUAGUUUCACGAAAGCGUUUCGGUGAACGUGGUUUUGCAAAAUUACGUAAAUAUCGACGAAAACAUCGCGACGCGUGUUUUUAAAAAGUUACAAUGAGUUGGAUACGCGAUCGGAAUCGAUACCGAGAAUCAUGCUUUGAAAAUAAACGUCGCGAAUAAUCACCGUAAACGAUACUUUCCCGAUCGAAUAAAUUUUCGAAUAAUGUUCGCCGAAGAUUUGAAACUUUGUAAAUAAUCGAAUUUCCGGUUGUGGCGAGCGACGCGAAUUGCACUGAUCGACGUUCCUCAUCAGACUGGCGACGAGUGGUGGGAUCCAUACGACAAAGGGUCCGGCCAAUAAGGCAACCGUCUCCGGAGAAAUCGCGACCCGUGGACGAAAUUCAUGCUUCCAGUACGUUACAUUCCACCUCCUUCGACCCCCUGAGUUCGCCUCGAACCGAACAUAGAGAUGAUUUUUUGCGAGCAGCGAUGCGUAUUUUUUUGGUUGUUUCGCCUCCGGUGGGACGAAUGCAGGGCAGAUCUAGAAGCCUAACACAUAUGGAUGCAUUGGAAAGUGAAGCUGUAUUUCAAGACCCCAUCGAACCUGAGCGGUUACCUGCGGCUGAAUCUCCCAGGUUGAUUAUUUCUCCUCCAUUGCAUAUUAGAAGGCAGAAGUUAGCUAGAUCUCAGGUGUCUAGUUCGGAAUAUUUUAGCGUUACGUUUGAAGUUGGUAAUGCAAACGAUCCGGAUGAAUUCGUGGUUGCGGCGAAAGGCACAUCGUUAGCUGACGCUCUAACGCCUGUAUGUUCUCGUCGAGGGAUUAAUCUAUCGUCAGUUAACGUGUAUUUGGACGCUUAUAAAACACCGUUACCAGUCCUGACUACGGAUACGUCAUGGCUCGGAGGGAAACAUAUUUUAAUAAAAGGAAAAGACGGGACCAGUAAGACGUCUACUUCGUUCAAGUCUACCAACGCGUGUCCAUUGAGACGUAAAUCAGGAAGUUACCAUAGUCGUAGUAGUAGAUUUUUCAGCGUCAGUUCAGACGAGUCAUGUAAUGUGGAAGGCUCCGAGAAAUCUACGUCUUCGCAUAAACCCUCAAAACAACGAUGGUCAAACCUAUUCGGUAAUAAUAAGUUUCAAGACUCUAAAAUGGAGCAGUUAAUCGAUCAUUUGAAUUCGUACAGUAAACACGGUAUACCACAGUUGCACAGUGUCGACGAAGAUUUAGAAGAAGCGUUGUAUAAUUUGGAAGAUGAUUGGAGAGAUAUCGUGAGUGAUAGUACAUCGUUGGCUGAACGACAACAACAGCAACAAACCGCCAUUUGGGAGCUGGUCGAGACUGAAGUUACCUAUAUUCACACGCUUAGAGUUUUAACUGAUUUAUUUUUGGCCUGCCUUUGCAACCUACAAUCAAACAAUUUACUAACGGAAAUAGAUAAAGAUCGCUUGUUCAGCAAUAUUUUAGAAAUAUAUUCAGCGAAUCGGUACUUUUGGUGUCAACAUUUACUGCCUAUGUUAGCGUCAUCGAGGGAAACGGGUAAACCGUUGAAUCCGGCCUUACUAGCCGAAGGCUUUUUCAAGUUCGAUGAGCUGUUUCGUCCUUACACCAAGUAUUGUGCUGAGCAAAGCAAAUGUCAGCAGUAUUGUCGAGAAAGGCAUAAUGAAAACGAACUAUUCACCGCUUACCUGGUGUGGUGCGAAACUCAAAAAGACUGUAAUCGUUUGAGACUUAUGGAUAUCCUGGUGAAACCAAUGCAAAGGAUAACGAAAUACUCGCUGUUAUUGAAAGCUAUUCAAAAACAUACCGAUUCGGAAGAGCAUAAAAAUAAAUUGGAUCAAAUGAUAAAUCAAGUUGACGUGUUCGUGAAUAGCGUAAACACAACGUUAAGAUAUAAACAAGAAUUUGAAAGGUUGUGGGUAGUUAUAUCGAAAAUUGAAACGUAUGAUGUUGUUGAUUCCAAAGAUGAAGAUCUCGAUAGAAUUUUGAAAAGUUAUAAUGAUUUCGAUUUAACGUGUCCGAUGCCUGGAUGUUGCAAUUCGCAGAGACGAUUCCUCCUUUUAGAGGGUGAUUUGAAGUUGAAAGAGUGUAACGGCGCCAAGGCGGACGUGCAUUGUUUCCUGUUCACGGAUAUGCUGUUAGUUUGUAAAGCAGCUUCGAAGAAGUCGGAUUCACGUUUUAAAGUAUUAAAACAACCGUUCAUUAUUGACCGGCUGGUUAUACACGAAUUACCGAGGGACCCUCCAUUUUUGGCUGUGAUAUAUUUAACAGAAUACAAAGUUCCGGCUACUGCUUUUUUACUAACGUGCUCGGACAAUAAAUUACUUAAAACGUGGACGUCGAGUAUAAAAAAAGCGCAAGAUAUGUAUUUAACGGCUAAACAAGCUACGACGGCGACAAUGACCAAUCCAUCGUUAUUAGCUUUGAGCCAACAACCCUCCAGCGUAUACGACGAAGAGUGCUGGGUCGAGGCGGACACAGAACACGAAUGCGAAUCGCAUAGCCUCGCUUCGAUGAAUUUGUAUACUUUGAAGAGUCCUCGAGGUUCCAGUAAAGGAAGCAGUCUAAACCAUUCGCACAGCGGAUCUGUUGAACUAAAUGAAGCUGGGUCGUCGGUUAGUAGUAUCAGCCAGUCUAGAGGUAUUAGUGUGGAGAACGAGUUGUCUUGCCUGAGAGGCUCUAGUCAAAGUUCCGACGAAGGCAUGUCGUCUGUUAGUUUUCCUGAAAAAAAUACUCAGCCUUUGACUCAUCGACGAAAAUGCGCUAGUCCGAAUACGUUGAGCAUUCAAGUGCCCGUAUUCUCGAAUCUCGGUCAGUCAUUACCAAAUUUAAAUCAAAUGAACACCACUACUACAAAUCCUCCAUCAAACAUGCUGUUAGCGCCACCGAAAGGUGUUCCUCCUCGUGGUACAUCGUACCCACCUCCUAGUCCGCCACUUCGAAGAUCGCCGGCUUUGACUUUCAACAGAAAUCCACCAUUGUUGAAAACCAGACACAUAUCAGGUUCUCAAGCUUCUAGCGUGGCAAUUAGCUGUGAUGCCGAUUAUUGUACCAAUACUGCAUCUAGUCAAGAAAAUCAAAACCAGCAACGUCCAACUUUGAUGAAACGAUUGACUAGAAGUGAUAAAAGAUAUCAUACUGCCGGCGUCGUCGACGAUAUUAAAUUGUAUUUUCAGAAACAAGACGUUAAUAAAGAUAACAGAAUAUAUAAAAGGCUAUCGUGGAAUUGCGGCAAAAGAUCUAAACAGCAAGCACCGACUUUGAAAAAUAGCACUAGCAGUGCUUCGUCGUUCGGUAGUGGCGAACGUGUUGAAACCGUCAGUCGGAAUUCGAGUUCGAGUAGUUGUGAUUUCGGUACAGGAGGAGGUCCUUCAGAAAGUAGAUCAAUUAAUGAAUCCAUUCCAGAAUCAUCUAGCUGUACAGAUUCGUCUGUAUCGAGUCAAGAAAUACCAAUUCUUACUACUACAACCGUUACACCAACUAUUAAUCCGCAAGAGCAACUCGCAGCACAGCGCCGUCCAGUAGAUCCUGGAGGGCAGCAAUUGCAGAAAAAUCUGACGAAAGGAUAAUAUUUUCUCGAGUACCUAUUUAUUUUUUUAAUUAAAACCAGUCGCAAUUAUUUAUUAUUUUUAUUACUUAUAAGUACCUAUAUAAUUUCCGUACAAACAGCUGGACUGUUAUGUUACCUAAUUAAAAAGAAAUUGUACUUGCACAAUGGUGAUUUAGCCUUCCAGUAAUUCGGCAUUUUUUUGUCAAUUAUAGUUACUUCCGCGUAGGUUUCUUCACUCUACCUAUUUGAUCAGUUUAAUGUACCUUAAAUUGUACACAAAACUGCCCUCUGUACAUAAUACUUAUCUGCUUUCCUGUAAGUACAUACAUCCUGUGAAUGUAAUUUUUUUGCUUUAUGUUUACCUAAAUCAUUUUUAUAAUGAUUACCAUGUUCCUCUUUUACAUUUUAUUUUACAAGAAUUGAGUUGAGCAAAUUAUAAAUUUGCUUAUUGUUUGAAGAGCGAUAGUACCUAUGUAAUGCUCUUAUUCAAUAAUGUCAUAUUCACCAUCGCCAUAUCUUUUUAAGAAUUUACCUACAUUACCAAUUUAAAUUGUAUGUAUUUGUUUUUGUCUUUGAUAGCGAAAUGUUCAAAAUAUAUUUCCAAUUCGUGUA